UCUUCACAAUAUUUUAUUUUGAAGGGCUCAUAUUUGUAAGAGGAAGUGGGGUAGAGAACUUGACUGGUCCAUGGUUGGCUGAGGGUCAGGAAGGAGAGGAGAGGAGAAAAAAGAGACAGGAAGUGAGAGGGAUGAACCGCGCGAAAAGAAACGUGGCAGAGUUUAGAGAACGCGUGUUUUAUGCAUGUUUAGACUUUCAGUUCGACAGUCGCUGAAUGUAUAUGGACACUGUAUUCUGUUUUGCCGCGGUUGUGACGGUUCCAGACCGGAGCUCACUGUAUUGUAGGUGUAACGCUCGCUGCCGCAUCGAUGUUCACUAGCACAGUGAAUAGCUAUUGAGGACGUUAAGCUAACCCAGCUAACGGACACUUUAAGUAAGGUUUCCGUCGUGGAAGCUUUAGCCAAGCUGAGCCUGGAGCAGCGGGUGGCGUUUAUACUGAGAAUUCGUGGCGGGACUGAAGGACUGGAUCUGCGUUGGCCUCCUCUGUUGUUCCUGGAUCCUGUGGACUGCCGGACUGGUUGGGGAGCUGCGGACAUCUUGCUGGCUGGAACUGAGGACGGCACCACAUAUUGGAGGAAGAUCUUUUCUAAUACAUUACUCUGCCACCCAAGGCUGCAGGGUAACAAAUUUGGGGGCUUGUCCGGGAUAGCGCCUCCUGCUGGCUUGGUGCUAUCCAACAAAGAACCGCGGUUAUCCUGACUUCAUGUUCCAUGAGCUGAUGACCUAAGAGCAAGACUUCAGGUAUCCAGAGAUGACGAUGCUACAUGAGCUUCAGUGGGAGAUUCAGCAGCUUCUUCACCAACUGCUUGAUGACGCCAGAAGAGAUUUGCUUCACCAGCUGGCAGAAUCGUGCCAAGAUGAGGUGGAAGAAGACGUGCCAGGAGAGGAGUCGUUCGAGUGGCACAAUGUCCAACUCCUCUCUACAUCCAUUGACUGUCAAGUCCUCCAAGGAUGACCACACAAAUGUGGAUGUUGUAGCCGUCAUGGAAAAUAUCAGCAUUGUCCUCUUCACAAUGACUGUCGUGUUUGGGAUCACAGGAAACUCUUUCGUGAUCUGGGUGGCUGGAUUCAAACCCAAGCCAAAAGUUACCGAUGUGUGGCUGGUGAACCUGGCGAUAGCCGACCUCAUCUUCUGCAUUACACGAGUUUUCUCCCUGAUCAAGAAGCUCUUCUUUGACUAUUGGCCCUUUGGAGAAUUUCUCUGCAAGUUCAACGGCUUCUUUAAAUAUGCCAACAUGUUCUGCUCCGUCUUCCUGUUGGCUGUGAUCAGUUUGGACAGGAUGCUCUGUGUGUGGAGACCCGUCUUCACAAAGCGACGGCGAACCCUGUUUGCUGCCAGAGUGGUGGCAGUUUGUGUCUGGAUCACAGCCACCCUCUUCAGCAGUCCCUACUUCAUCUAUCGCCAAGUCUACCCGGGAAAAAACAACCUGAGCAAAUGUUCUUUGGAGGUGAAAGAAGGAGACAGCAACACCAAAUUUGCUCUGUAUUUAAACAGGUUCCUGUGUGGUUUUGUUUUUCCUUUCUUGAUCAUUCUGAUCUGUUACAUCAUGGCUGGCAUCGGCCUCCGACGCACUCGCCUUGUAGGAAAGACACGCCCCCUGCGCAUACUGGCAUCUCUGGUCAUUGCAUUCUUCUUGUGCUGGGGUCCUUACCACUGUUUGCUCCUUGUGAAGUUGGUGGAUAAAAAGAAUGCAGUGCUGAAAGUCUGGCAGCCUUUGGCCAACGGCUUUGCCUACUUUAACAGCUGCGUGAACCCGCUGCUGUACUUCUGCAUGGGGCUGGAGGUGAGGGGCCAAUUCAGACAGAGCUUGAUGGGCAUUUACAGGAAAGCUUUGGCUGACGACAUCGAUGGACAGACUCUUCAGUCUAACGAACGCUCUCUGGAUGAAAGUUGUGUGUCAAAAUGCAGUGCUGCUGUGGUGUCAGAAAGGACUCCAGUUUAAGUCCCUCCUGUUGGUCACCAUGUGUUUGCUCCCUGAAGAUGAUUCAUGCAAUUUAGAGGUGGAUUAUAUAGUAGUUAUAGUCAACAUGCCUCAAUAUUACACUGAAAGCUGCAGGUUUUUACAGAUUUUUUCUUUCUUUUUUUUUUGUUAACCAGUUGACAUGAUGAACAAUUAUCUUGUACAAAGAAUUGACAUAAUUUGUGCCCAUGGUACUUUUGGGACAAGCUUUGAUGUUACUGUAUUAUAACCAUUUGUAAAGUUAACUACCACAAAUAUAUUUUUAAAAGCAUGUUUUUUGUAAGCAGUACAAAGAAGUCCAAAAUGUGCUUAUUAACUAUAUCAGUACAUCAUGUUAGAUACUUUUUACAUUUUGCAUGUUGAAGCUACUUACUGCUAAAUUUAAAAAAAUACUGACUUUACCAAGAGUUUUGCCAAAUUUAACUCAAAUUUUCCUUCAAAUGUGGUUUGAGUUGUUUGUGAAACGUGGAACUAUUCUGUCUGGAGGAACAUAAAUUAAAAAAAAACAGAGGGAAGUGAAACUAUUUCAGGAAAGCCAGUAAUAGUCAUGACUGUCUGUUUUUCUAGAACUCACAGCAAACAUGAACUGAAACUGUACAGAAGGUCUGAUGCUUUUCGAGAGAAAGCACACCUUGUUUUUAAGAUAAAUUCUUUUAACUUGGCUCUUUAAAUUCUGCUUUAAAGGAUUUCAGUUAUUAUUUAUUUCAAUCUAGACAGAUGUAAGUACUGGAAGUGGGAUGGUCUUAUGAAGACCAAACUGGAGUCAUGAAUCUGGUUAUCCACCCCUGGCAACAAGCUCAUAAAGCAUCGGUGCAGAAUUCAAUGUGCAGAGUACUUACACAUCACUGGGAGACGAAGGAGACUGUUUAUCUUGAACAUAUUGAUGUUCAUUCUACAGCACCAUGCUGGUGCAUUGUGCAGUUUGACAUUACAAUAUGUAAAACGUUAAAGCUCCAUUUUAUCUCUGAAGCUUCUUCAAUCGUCAAAUGAUAUGAUGUGAAUAUAAAAUAAAAUAUUUAAACUGU